AACUGAAAUAAAAGUUUUACUAUGAGAACAUACGAUAGCUUUUCAAAUUUAAGGAUGUAACAACUUGAAAUAAACUAUAAAUCAUGAAAAACUCAAACGAAAAAGUAAAUUCAGUUGAAAAUACUUUGCGUAAUAAGAGUGCUAGAGGUCGUUCUAAAAGUCGAAGCGGACGUAAAUCAGAAUCGUCACUUGGAAAAUCAGCGGAAAAAAGUGGCAGCAAACAUUCUGAUGCAGUGGAUGGGUCAUCAUUGGCAUCAAUCAGAGAAAGUCACAAACCAUUAGAUAUAUUCAUUCAAAAUGAACUAAUGCCUAAUUGCACACCGAUAUUUUUAUCAAAAUCAACACAACAGAUAUUUAAUAUUGUAACUGAUGAACAAAUUACCAAAGAAUCACCAAUCAUUUUAUUGAACAAAUCUGAUCUACUUAAAGAUUUACAGUUACGUGCAGCUGUAUCAGAUUUCAGUGUACAAAAAGUUGCAAUAAAAAAUUAUCCCGGUUCUGAUAUUUUAUUAAUUUACGAUGCAGAUUUUAAAUUUGGUGAAAAUUUUGUCAUUGUCUUAUCUGAAGAGACAAAAUCUCUUAUACUGAAUCCAGUUAAACAAGCAGUUGACGGUCAGUCAGAACAUGAUGGUAAUGGUGAUGAAAAUGAUGGAAUAAACGAUGAUGAGGAUAAGAUAGAAGAAUACAAAGAGGCCAGUGAUUUAUGUUUUCUAUUCAAAUCGAGAUCAGAACAUGGUUGGAUUGAAUUAGGUUCAGAAAACGAAAUUGCCGAAAUGAAUACUUUUGAAACACGUUCAAAAGUGUAUACAAUUUUUCAAAGACCACGUAAAGAAUUUGGUAGUGUAUUACAUUUACAAGAUGAAAGUGCGACAAAGAAAGGUUGUUCUGAACAGAUUUUAUCACGUGAAGAUGAAUCAUUUAAUAUACCUAUAGUGGAGUUAGAUAAAUCAGCCACAAAUUGUGAAACCACAUGUGAUAAAGGUAUUAAUACAAAUUGGAAAUAUCCAAAAAAUGCUUUCACCCAUUAUGUUCCUAGAAUGUUUACAUCUGAUGAAUUAAAACAUUAUUAUCAUGAAAAUAAUGAUGCUUUUCGUAACAUAUCGAAAUUAUACACACUAUUUGAACAAAGUUUAUUAGAAAAUGAAAUGUACAAUUUUUUAUCAAAUGAUUAUGAGAAUUUACCCAUUGGUGAUGAAACUUAUGAUACAAAAAGCGACAAUACAUUCAAAGAAUUUCUAUCAUUUACUGAUUUAAAAUUUAGUAAAAAUAAAGCUAUUACAAUGAUUCAAUGGCAUCCAAAUAUUAAAGGUAUUAUUGCAACAUCUAUUAGUGAACGGACAAUUUAUGAUCAACGUAUUGAUCAAGCAUCACGAAUUCUUUUACAACCAACACAUAUUAUAUUAUGGAGUUUUAAUGAUCCAUUAAAGCCUCAAUUAUUAUUACAUGCACCAGAUGAUAUUAUGUGUUUUCAAUUUAAUCCAACUAGUCCGAAUUAUAUGGCUGGUGGUUGUAUCAAUGGACAAGUAGUUCUGUGGGAUAUUGAAAAACAUAUUGACGAUUUAACUAAUGUUAAAUUGCGAUUGAAACAAAAUAAUCAAAUGCCUUUAUUUGUUUUUGAUGAGAAUGAAUUAAAUAAAGUAUCAACAUCACAUUAUUCUGCUUUAAGUAAUAUUGAAUCAUCACAUAGUUCACCAAUCAUGGAUUUGAAAUGGAUACCGGAUCAUAUAGAAAUUAAUCGGUUAGGAUACUGUUUCGAAAAUCAUGCACAGAAAUGUGUUCAAUUAAUGACAUGCGGUUUAAAUGGUGAAAUAUUACUAUGGGAUAUACGACCAGAGAAAACACCAUUAGCUAUAAACAAAACAAGUGAUUCAAUUAAACCACCAAAUAAUGUACCACUAACAUUUUCGACACUGGAUUUGAAAUGGAAACCAUUAUUAAGAAUACAUUUAUAUACAAACGAUCCAGUUAAUGACCAUGUACCAAUUAGGUUUUGUAUACGUGAAAUGCACGGAGAUCGCAGAUUGCUAACGUCUAACACAAAAGAUUCCAGUAUCAAUAUAACUGACAACUCAUCUAAAUUACUCCCACUUCCAAACGCCGACACACAUAUUUAUGCCGGGACUGAAGAUGGUGUUAUAGUUUAUGUUGACUGGAUACCACAUAAAGAUCAAGACACUGGGAAAAUGCAAACACUCAAACCAGAAUUUUGUUCCUCACGACAUGACGGUCCAAUUAGUUACCUUUGUCGUUCACCGUUUGAUUCCUCCCUAGUCUUGGCUAUUGGUGGAUGGAUAUGGACAAUGUGGAAGGAAGGAGUUACCAGUGGGCCGAUCAUAGAAUCUGGUCGUGCAAAUAAACCAUUAACAGGUGGCAGUUGGUCUCCUACACGUCCAUCAGUAUUUUAUACAUGUCGUGUUGAUGGUAGUAUAGAAGUUUGGGAUUUACUUGAUAAAACUUAUGAACCAACAAUGAUUCAGUCAAUAUCUGCUAAUCCACUAACUGCUUUAUCUAUAUGGGAUUCACCUAAACGUCAAUUUAUAGCAACUGGUGAUAUUCAAGGUGUACUACAAUUAUUUAUUGUACCUAGACGUUUACAAACUCCUUUACCAUCAGAAUUAAAAAAAUUCAAUGAAUACAUUGAACGUGAAGUGAAAAGAAAAGAAUUUGUUUCGAUGCGUUGGAAUUUAAGAGAGCAAGAAAAAAUUGAACAAGAAGCGGAAAACAAAAGAAGGGCUGGUUUAGCACCAGCUGUUAUGUUGAGCGACGAAGAAAUCAUUCAGAAAGAAAAAUUCGAAUAUGUAAAGUAUUUAUCAGAAGAACAUACUUUCUUAAGAUCAUUAGGACUAGUUGAAGAGGAUGAUUAAGAAGAAUAAAAAAUGUGAAAGAAGAACAUUCGUUUGUCUUUUAGAAAUUUGUAACCUUUCGAAACGAUCUCUUUCACAUGAAUGUUAUUAAAUAUAUCGAUUUUAAUUAGGUGUACUCUUUUUGACCAAUUGUUUUUUUCAGGACCAAUUGCAGGUUAGUGAGGUCAUCUUUUGCAUGUAGCUCAAUUCUAGCUGUAUAUUAAACCUAUCGUUUUAAUUUUUACGAGAUAGAUAUAUUACCGAAAUUGAAUAAUAGGAACUCUUAUUUUGUACAGUUCUAUCUAAAUGAUAAGCAGAG